AUAACCUGCUAUCUUUCUGUCAUUCACAUAAGAGGUGGUGAUACCGCAUGUGAUAACCUUUUUCCCCUAAUUAAUUCUUAUUAGAAUUUACUGAAAUGUCGUGGAUAUUUGGUUACGGGAGAAAGGGUGAUCAAGGACAAGGCUAUCCUCCACCUCCUGGUGAUGGAAAUGCCGGUUCUCCACCGGUUCCUGAUAUGGGACUUUCUAAGGCUGAGAAAAAGGCCAUGGAAGCUUACAGAUUCGAUUCGUCAGCCCUUGAAAGGGCUGCACAGGCAGCAAGAGAGCUAGAACAGUCAAGACACGCCAAAGAUGCUCUAGAACUUUCCAAACAACAAGAAGCGACCAAACAAAUUGAACAACAAGCUAAAAUAAAAGAAUAUGAAGCACAUAUUACACAACUACAAAUUGAAUCUAAAAAGACUGAAGCUGAAGAGAAACGCAAGUAUCUACAGGAGGAAACAAGACAGCAUCAACAAAGAGCUCAGUAUCAAGAUCAGUUAGCAAGAAAACGAUAUGAUGAUCAAUUGUCCCAACAGCAAAGAAUGAAUGAAGAAACCCUCAAAAGGCAAGAAGAAUCAGUUGCUAAGCAAGAAGCAAUGAGAAAAUCCACUAUUGAGCAUGAAAUGGAGUUGAGACAUAAAAAUGAAAUGAAACGAGUUGAAGCAGAAUUGAAAGCCAAAGCAAAAGUCGAUAGAGAAAAUAGAGAUCUUACAUUAGAACAGAUCAGAUUGAAAGCUUCAGAAAAUAGAAUAACUGUUCUGGAAAGUAUAAAAACUGCUGGGUCGGUGUUAGGUUCAGGAGCUCAAGCAUUAUUAACUGAUUGGAAUAAAGUUCUUGUGGCAGCUGGGGGAUUUUCAUUAAUUGCUCUAGGAGUCUACACAGCUAAAGGUGCAACUGGCAUUACCACUAGAUAUAUUGAGGCAAGACUUGGAAAGCCUUCAUUAGUCAGAGAAACUUCAAGAUUCACUCUUUUGGACGUAUUCAAGCACCCUUGGCAGCAAUUACAGAAGGUGAAGGAAUUGAAAUUACAAAAGCAACAGGAUGCAUUGGGAGGUAUUGUUUUGGCACCUAAACUUGAAGAGCGGCUUCGAGAUAUUGCUAUUGCUACCAAAAACACAAAGCAAAACCGAGGGAUGUACAGGAAUAUUUUGAUGCAUGGACCUCCUGGUACUGGUAAAACAAUGUUCGCCAAGAAAUUGGCCAAGCAUUCUGGUAUGGAUUAUGCUAUUUUGACUGGUGGUGACAUUGCUCCAAUGGGAAGAGAGGGAGUUACAGCUGUCCAUAAAGUUUUUGACUGGGCUAAUUCCUCCAGAAAAGGAUUGCUUCUUUUCGUUGAUGAGGCCGAUGCUUUUCUGAGAAAAAGAUCUUCAGAAAAUAUUUCCGAAGAUCUUAGAGCCACCCUGAAUGCAUUUCUGUACAGAACCGGUGAGCAAAGUCAGAAAUUCAUGUUGGUACUAGCAUCAAACACUCCAGAACAGUUCGAUUGGGCUGUGAACGAUCGAUUGGACGAAAUGGUAGAAUUCGACCUGCCCGGUUUGGAGGAACGAGAGAGGUUGAUGAGGCUUUAUUUCGACAAGUUUGUUUUACAACCGGCAGCUGAAGGAAAAAGACGUUUGAAACUGGACAAUUUCGACUACAGUGCCCUCUGCAGUAAAAUGGCGAAAAUGACCGAAGGUAUGUCCGGUAGGGAAAUUGCCAAACUCGGUGUGGCAUGGCAAGCAGCUGCUUAUGCUUCAGAAGAUGGAAUUUUGACGGAAAGAAUGGUUAUCGAGAAAUGCGAAGAUGCCGUCAAACAACAUAGGCAGAAGGUUGAAUGGCAAUCUGAACAAGAGAGAAGGGAAUCUAAAAGCAUAUAUCACUCAGAAAAGGAAGAUUCUUACAUAACUGUAGUUCCUAAGGAAAGUAAAAAAGAAAGUAGUGUAAAAGUGGAAAAAGAUAGCUAGAAGAUAAAGACGUAAGCAACUGCAGUCUUGUUUAUUUGCUCUGUAAAGAACCACAACUGGUUCAAUCUGGUCGUUCUCCGUCUCAUUUCACAAGAAAAUGAAAUUGACUUCUUCGAAAAUUACGGAGAAGACUGGUUAUUUAAAUAAGUUAGUUUUAUUUUCAUUGGAAGAUGUGUAUGGUUCUACAUCAUCUUUUAGUGUUGUAUAUAUGUUUAUACUGCUGGUGAAACAUGCAUUUGUUAUUGUUCGAGGUGUUUCUCCAACUUUUUGUAUAUUCUUUAUACAAAAGAGACAUUCGAAUUUUUUGUACUUUUGUGAUAUUUUGGAUAAUUUUAGUUGUUAUUUUCUUCAUAAUAUGUACAGUAGUGUGUUUAUUGAAUGUACUGUAUGGAAAUAUCAAUAUAUCUUAAAGUACAAUCUAAACUCAAAUUCACCAUUGGCAUUUAAAAUCCGAGAAAACUCAUCUCUCCUGAAUUAAACAAUUGACUCUUCUCAGGAAAGUUUUCAAAUUAGGAAUUCAAAUUUUGUACCUGACCAUAAAAUAAAUUUUGAGAAGUA